UUCUUGAGAAGAAAAGCUACCCUCCCUUUACUGUAAACAGCAUCAUCAUCAUCAUGAACGAUACAUAUAGCUACGAUGUGUUUAUCAACACGUUCUCCCAUUUGUGCAUGGCAGACAAAGGCAGCUACAUGUUGCAGUUAAACGGCGGUCUGACGCAGUUUGUAGCUAAUCUUUAAAGCAGGACGAAAAGACAGCUGUGUCACUAUGUAGCUUUUUAUAGAUUAAAUACUAAUAUGGCCAUUCAGUGGAGGGGGAGCGGUAAAAUCACAUCAUUACAACACUUCCACUUUCCCUCUUCUUUCACUACUCUCUUCUUCAACGCUUAUAUUAUCGCAAAUUCAUAUGCGCGUUCAUGUCCUUGGUGCAGGCAGUGUUGGUUGCUUUGUUGCAUCCGAGCUUCGUGCUCGUCAACAUAAUGUCACCCUAAUUCUUCGCUCUCGAAGCGCUGUGCAAGAAUUUCGCAAUCGGUAUCAAAGCGCAAUCACCUUCAGACGCGUUGAUCGCCCGGACCCGGUCAUAUUACGAGGGUUUGAUGCCGUAUCAAUUGGUGAUAGUAGUAGCCUCACCGAGCCUGUAAGCGCCCUUGUUGUCACGACCAAAUCUCAGCAUGCGCUGGCAGCUGUACGCUCAAUCAAGCCUCAUUUGUCACGCUCCAGCUCUUUGGUUUUACUCCAGAAUGGAAUGGGUGUUGCAGACGAACUACUUGGCAAAUUAUGGCCGAUAAAUGGUAAUCUCGACGACAGCAAGAGCGAUGACGAAUAUGCAGAAUUAUUACGACCAUCCAUCAUCGUUGGUGUAAACAAGCACGCUACAAGAAGACUCGAGCCAUUUUCAGUAAAGCAUAGCUCCGGGUGGGAUGGAUUGAAUGAGGGGAUGUCGUUGGGUCCUAUGCCUGGUGCUUCAAAUGAAAUUGUACAGCCAUUAAUGCAAGCUUUUGCCGAAUGUCCCGGAUUGAAUGUCGCACUUGUACAAUGGCCUGAGCUACGUAAACGCCUCAUGCGGAAACUUGUUGUCAACGGCUCGAUUAAUGCUGUUGCGGCCUUACUGGAAUGUACCAAUGAAUCGCUUCUGGAUAAUCCUUACGGCCUCCAAUUAUUGCGUGGGGUCUCCAAGGAAGCGUCUCAGGUGCUUACGGAGCUAAAUGCUACCGAGGACGAGCUUUAUGAUAGCGUGUAUAAUACACUGGUGGUAUCUGGGCCAUAUCACUGUAGUACUGUACAGGACGUAUUGGCGCAGCGAAAAACCGAGAUCGAAUAUAUCAAUGGUUAUUUAUGCCGUUUGGGAAGAGAGCGGAAUGUUCCUGUGCCACUCAACGAGUUCCUUGUAAAGAUGGUGCACGCAAAGGAAUGCCGUAUAGGCGCUAAAUAGAUAUAUACCAUAAUGAAUAGAACCCUAUAAAAAAUACAUACUUUCCCCUUUUCUAUAUUGUUGUAUUGAUUUUGUUUGUUCAAAAAGUAAAAAUCAGAGGAAAUGUUGUUUUAUGGUGCCAUAUACUAAGGAUCAUGAAGCACCGAAAAUAAAAUCGAAUAAAGCAAG